GCAGACGCGUACACUACAUAGCCCUUGUUUGAGCUAUCCCAGGGCUGGACCAACAUCGGGCACGAACUUAUCUUGGUGCUGCGUUGUAUCCCAAAUCGCGGUCGAGGCGCAGCGAUUACCUGCGUAUACCAAUCUGCUGCUGACUACCAACAUAUUCAAACGCAUUUACAUAGAAGCGCGCGGAGCCAGUCUCCGGUCGGUCCAAGCCGAUAUCAUAGGCAUUGCAAAUUGCUGGACGACGAGAGCGGCUGACCCAGCCGCCGGCGCACCCCACCUCCAGUGCUCGCACCGCAACUGGUAGCUGCCCGAAGCCUUGGGCGCUGCGGCAGCUGCUAGCUGCUGCUCCGCCGCCCAGCUUCGGCCUACACGGGGCCUCACAGGGACGCAUUUGGGUGCGCCAUGACGGCCGGGGGCGCCCUGUCCCAUUCCAGCAGCCUACGCGGGCCGCGGGGCUCUGUGAGCGUCAGUUCCGACGCGCCGGAUGACGCAGAGUGGCUGGAGAGCCCCAGUGACCUCAUCUGCCCCAUCACGCACGAACUGUUUGUGGAGCCGGUCAUCAACGCGGCGGGUCAGGUGUACGAGCGGGCGGCCAUUGAGAAGGCACUGGCCACAAAGCUGGUGGACCCAAUCAGCAACCUGCCGCUACCCAGCGCCUCGCUCACCACGGUGUGGCCCAUGAAGAGCAAGGCGGCCGCGUACCGAGAGCGAGCUGUGCAGGGUUGCAUCGCCCAGGUGUGCCGACCCAGCUGUCGCACGCCCGUCCGCUACCUGCGGCGUGCGGCGGAGCUGGCUGCGGGGGCGCUGGCCGGCGUGCCGCACGGCGGCGCCGUGCUGGGCGUGGCGGGCCUGACGCCCGAGGUGGUGGACUAUGUCCUCACGCACCCCAGCAGCAUCUACGACUUCCAGGCGCUCAGCCGCUUCGCCGCCUCGCUGGUGGGCUGCGGCCAGCGCGACCGCGCCGCCGCCCUGUAUACGCAGCUGCUGCAGCUGGCGGGCGACACCAGCCAGCAGGUGGAGGCGUUGCAGGGACUCCUGGAGUCGUGGGGCUUUGGCAAUGGCGGCGGCGGAAGCGCAGGCGACUGCUGCGGUGGCGAGGAGGAGGAGCCGGACGAGCAGCAGCUGGUGGAGCGGCUGGCGGCGCUGGCGUGUGCUGCCGACGGACACGGCGACGGCGGCUACCGACCUGCACGCUUCGUGGGGGUGCUGCUGGCGGCCGGGCUGCCUGAGGAGCUGGUGAUGCGGUUCUGCGAGCGCAUCCUAGGCAACAGCUGUAGCAGCAGCGGCGCCGCCGCACUGGCCGGUGGCGCUGCCUUCAGCGGCAGCAGCGGCAGCAACCUGGCGAACGGCGCGGGGGCGGCGUGUGGGGGCGGCGGCGGGCCUGGAGGUGCGACCGCGCACGGCCUGGCGGCGAGCAGUAGUGGGCGGCAGCUGCGGCAAAGCCACAGCGUGGAGGUCGCGGGUGCGCCGGGCUGGGCCGCGGGCGCGGGGUCGGGGCCGGGGUCGGCGGGGAAUGCGGAGCUGCUGUAUGUGUACACACUGCUGCGGUGCGGGCGCCUGGAGGCGGCGCUGGAUGCCCUGCGGCGGCAGUUCACAGGGGCGGGCGGCGGAGGCGCCGGCGACAGGGCCGGCGGGGCCCACCGUUUCAGCGGCAGUGGCGACGGCGACAUUGCGGUGCUGGGGGACGUGGCCGGGCCUGGGGCGGGCGGGCGUGGGCGCUUCUGGCGGCGGCGGCAGAACAUCCAGCGGGUGGUGUGCUCGGCUGUGUACGGCCUCGUCACGCUCACCAACUGCAGGUGGCCCCUGGCGCGGGUGCUGAAGGUCGCCAGCGUGCUGCUGCUGCUCAAUCCGCAGCAGCCGCGAUGAUACGGUAUAACACUUCAACGCGACGCGAAUAAGCAUGCGGUAGGCUGUGUUUCGCAGCUUGGAUCGGCAGGUAGCGAGUACGUCAUGUUUGGGUCCCGAAGCGGCCGGCGCUGCUGCAAUUUUGGCGAAGCUGGCAUGGAGAUGGCGUUUGCCCCGCUAGCAUGUGUAGAUGUACACUAAUGGCCUGAAGUGGGCGAAGUCGCUUGGCAAAUGGCAUGGGGCCCCCAACAGUUUUGACGGUUGUAUUGCUCAACGAGGGAAGCUUGAAAUGGGUUGCACCAGAAGCCAAUCAUUGGUUUAGGCAGUGAGGCCGUGAGGGUGCACUGGUCCUACCGCUGUGAGGAUGGCCAGCCCUUUGCGCGGUGCUUGCGACGCACGUCUGGGGCAGACACGCACGCCGUUUCUUUUCUUACUCGUAUUGGACUAGUUUCAAUGUUUGAUGGCUAUCGCAUUCCAUCGGUACCGUAUUCGCGCGUACCGCAACCGCGUGUGCAGACGUGCGUUAGUGUGGCAUGGGGUCCUAGCUGUCCUCCCUUUGCAGCUGUACUUGGUGACCUUAACAGUGCUGCGGGACUCCCGAGCACGCGCCUCUGAUGCCAUGAAGGACACUCCGAGGUCGGAAGCAAGAUUG